AAGAAAGUGUUGUCCAUAGCGUGUGUGGUGUUGUUGUGAUCGAGGAGAAAUACUUGCGAUCGGUUGGCAGAGAGAGAGAGAGAGAGAGAGAAGAAAGGUUAUAAAAUACGAAGACAGAAAAAGAAAGACAAACGCGCGCCCGGGUGUGUAUAGAAGGAAAAGGAUAAAGAUGAUUUCUGAAUUUUGAUUUGCAAGAGCAAGCUUAUACGACUAUCACUGGAAGGAGAAGAGCUCAUGAUGUCACCGAGGCGUUCCUUAACCGCCAGCAAGACUCUUCUUACGUUUCUAGUGCUGUUGGCGUUCAGCAUCGUCAUCGUCGCGGGGCAGCGUGACAGUGUGUGUCCUCCGCAGGAUAUUAUCCUUCCGUGCAGAUGCUCACAGCGUGGCAGCGAAGUGCAGAUAUGGUGCUCCCAUAGUGAUUUGCCGCGGGUGCUGAUGGGGCUAAAAGCUGUAUCCAAGUCCAUAAAUCGACCGAUCGAUGAGCUGAUUUUGGAGAACAACUUUCUUCCAUCACUCCCGGGACGUACCUUUGCCCCGCUGAACGUCCUUCGGCUUAUGUUGCGUCAUAAUGGCCUCGAGAGGCUAUCGAGCGGUUGGCUGAACGAUGUAGACAGCAGCCUGGUAGAGAUUUUCAUAGUGGAACGAAGCUUGCGCAGCAUCCCGGUGGACAGUUUGAGUGGAUUGCGCAAACUGGAGGCGGUCACCAUCCAGAGCGAGCAUCUGAAGCGUUUGCCGGACUUUUCCGGCCUUGCGAAGCUGCGUUACAUCAACGUGCAGAGUGGAUCGUUGAUCGAGCUAGCGUCACCGUACUUCCGUGGUCUUGUUUCCUUGGAAACGGUGCACGUGACAGGUAGUGCGAGCUUGACACGUCUGGAAGCGGGUCUUUUCAACGAUCUACCCAAGCUAACGCUCAUCGAUCUCUCGGAGAAUGGCAUCAGUUGGGUGCAUUUGCGAACGUUCGUGGGAUUGCCGUCGCUUAAGACGAUGCAACUGAGUGGAAACAAGAUCACCGAUGCGGGAAUGAUUGGGCGGGCGAUCAAGGAUCUGCACACGCUGCAGAUCCUGAAGCUCGAUCGCAACAUGAUAUCGAAGCUAAGCGAAGGCAGCUUCGUCGAUCUGCCCUCGCUCAAGGAGCUGUACCUGAAUGACAAUGGCAUCACGGAGAUUUUCCACGGUGCGUUCCACCGGACACCGAGCCUAAAGCUGGUGCACCUCGAAAACAACUAUCUGCGCCGCGUGCAUCCGGAAUCGUUCCUGCAGGCAUCGGGCAGUGGUGUGGAAAUGAUGCAUCUGCAACAGAACGAGAUUGGCCGGGUGGAGGAGCUCCGUUCCCUGUUGGAUGCGUUGCCAAUGCUUCGCUUUUUGGAUCUAAGCUACAAUAAACUGGAAGCGAUACCAUUCGGUGCACUGCGCGGUCAUGGCACGCUGGAGCAGCUGUACCUGAACCAGAACCGGAUACGGAUGAUCGAGCGCGAUGCAUUCAUGGCGAUGCCCGGAUUGCGUGAGCUGCGGCUACAAAACAACUCACUCAGUGAUCAACUACCGAUGCCCUUUUGGAAUCUGCCCGGUUUAAAAGGGAUCGACAUUUCGUACAACAACUUCCGCAGGAUGGAUCCGAGCCUGUUGGUCGGUGUGCCAUCACUCCGUCGACUAGACAUCAGUGGCAAUGCGCUCUCCGCUAUCGAACCGAGCGCUUUUGGGAACACGCCCAUGCUGGAAACGGUCAACAUUUCUUUCAACGAGCUAACGCACAUCCAUCCGGGUACGUUCCGGGAUCUGCACCACAUGUUUGAGCUGGAUGCGGGUGAUAAUCGGCUGCAGGAGUUCAUUCCCGGGUUACCGCUGGCCGUCGAGCGGAUUAACUUACAGCGCAACAAGAUCUCUGCACUGCCGCAACCAUCCUCGGGAUCCAAGCUGUGGGAUCUUCCGAAUCUGCGCAUGCUGGAUGUCAGUGGCAAUGAGCUGACGAGACUCCCGAGGGCCGUGUUCAAUCCAGCACCUCAACUACGAGUUCUUAGCUUGGCUCGCAAUCAGCUUCAAUCGAUCGAUGAUGGCAGUCUAAGCGGGCUGACGCGGUUGGAGGUUUUGAACUUGCAGGACAAUCGGGUCCUUGCGCUACACGAACGGUGCUUCAGUCCGCUCGAGAACCUGCGUGAACUUAAUCUUCAGGGCAACCGGAUCGAGGUGCUCGUUGAUAAUCUGCUCGAUGGAAACGCUCUGCUGGAGCAGUUUGAUGCCUCGCGCAACAGCAUCGUGGAGAUCUCGUCGAAAGCGUUCCGCAACAGCCGCUCCCUGCAGACCCUCGAUCUGUCUUCGAACCAGCUGCGUGAACUACCGGAAUCCUUGUCUGGGUUGGCGGAGCUACGAUCGCUUGAUCUAAGCUACAACCAGCUCACGGAACUGUCGCCCAACUUGCUCGUCUCGUGGCGCAAUCUCGAAGAGCUGAAGGCGUCGAACAACAAAGUGAAUCAGCUGCACCAGGGUUCCCUUCGGAAUCUGCCGCUAUUGCAGUACUUUGAUCUGUCGAGCAACGAACUGACUCAACUGGAGCAUGGCUCUCUUCGGAAUCUCCCCGAGCUUCAAGAACUCGUGCUGGCCGAUAACAGAAUAAGCGAGCUGAAGGAGCGCGUCUUUGAGGAUCUUCCUAAUUUACAGGCCGUUCAUCUGCAGCAGAACAAACUCCGCUACAUCUCACCGUACAGCUUCUAUCGAUCACCCUCGAUCGUAUACCUCAACCUGUCGGCCAAUCAGUUCCGCAGUCUGGACAAUGUUGGACUGCGAAGCAUUCGCAAUCUGGAGGUGCUGGAUCUGACCGCGAACGGUAUCCGUAAGAUCACACCGGCACCGUUCCGUGGGCUCGAUUGGCUCGUGGAGCUUAAACUGGACGGGAACAAUAUUUGCGCGAUCCAGGGAGAACCGUUCGCUUCGAUGCCACGGCUAAGGGUGCUAAGUAUGCGCAACAAUCGAAUGUCACGCGUUCCCGAGCCAAUCUUCCGUAGUCUGCGUACCAACAUUGCCAUUUUUGAUGUCGAUGGAAAUCCAUUGAGCUGUGGGUGCGAUAUGCUCUGGUACAUGGCCUGGCUACAGGAGACUCGAAGUAACGUGUAUCCGGGACCCCGUUGUCGGGAUGGUAAGAUGCUGAUGGAGGUGCAGCUGUCUCGGACCGAGUGCCAGAAGACGGCACAACGAACGAUACCGGGCGGUGCUGGCGGAGGACCGGGUACUAAUGUGCCACCUCCGUUGACAAACGAUCAUGGCGAUGUGUUUGUACGUGCCCUGGACUACGAUGAAUGCGGAUCCGAGAAUUAUGAGAUGCCACCGGGACCGCCUUACCACCGGCCAAGCUCUCCCGCGGACAGCGAUUAUUUCUUCGAUCAGUACGUGGAUCAACCGAACGAAGGACAGCAUAAUAAUGGGACGCCAGCGAGUGAAGAUCGGCCGGUGGCGCCCGGAGGACAGAACUACAGCUCCAACUUUGUCGAUUUCAACAACAACAAAUUCAACCAACUGUAUAGACCACUACCACCGGGUGGGCCACCGGGUGGACCGGGAGUGUUACCACAGGACAUACCGGACACCUCGUCACCGUUUACCUUCUUCGGACUUCCGAUUCCCAGCUUGAACAUUGGCAAAAUGUUUGGUGGCUCGGGACGGAACGUGAACAAUCGAGCAUCCGGAGGGCCCGUGGUAUCCCCGGUACGUGGUAAGGGCCGAGUGCAGGUGUACAAACAAGGUGAACCGGAACAGAGCAUCAUCUAUCGGAAUGAUGGUGGAGGGAAAACGGAAUCCAUUUCCGUGAACACGCCGUCGGAUUCGCUGGAAAAGAAUCCCGGAGCUUCGACGAACGAGAACAAUCUCUUCUAUCGGCCCUUCUUCCAGACCUCCUAUCGACCGGCUGCUCCACCAGCAGGGCCACCACCAGCAGGAUCUCCACCACAGGUGCAACAGGGAGGCUUUACACCGAUGUUACCCGGGGCUAUCGGUGGCUUUACUCCCAUCACCGAUCCUACGCUCAAAGUGAUCAAUCAGAACUACACCGAUCCAUCGGUGGGGCCAGGUGGCAGCAGUGGUGGUCGUGGCUGGCCAACGGAGUACAACGAACGGGUACCGUUAGUAACUGAACCGACUCGCUAUCUCCAGCAGAACAAAUUCACGGCCACGAUCAAACCAUCGCACAACAGUGCGCCAUACUUUGUCGAUGGCAUUACGCACCAUUUGCCCGAGAAGAGUGAACCGGUUGGUAGUGUUCCUGCAACGAAUUCUACUAAUUCGCAUGCCGAGGUCACGGAUAAGUCGACAGCGAACGGUGCCGGUGAAUCGUCUAGGAACUCUGAAAUGGCAGAAGAUGAUGGGGACGAUGAGGAGGAUGAGCAGGGAGAAGAGGAUGAGGGGGAUGAGGAAGGUGAGGAAGUCCACAGUGAGCAAGGAGCAGGAGCAGCGGUUGAUGUGACAACGAGGCUGUCCAUAGAAUUGGCCACACCAACGAUAGGACCAACGGGAUCCCCGGGAGGUUCAGUGUUCAAUCACGCCUACACUACCCCCAUGCCAACGAUUCGCGAUCUAGCGCGAACACCUGGUCGCGAUGGAUUUUAUGAUGGCAAUACACCAACCUCCUUAUCGGCAUUGAUUGCACCGGCUGCUGGUUCUGGUUCACCGCGUUCACCACCCGGCAAAUCCACGAUCGAGAAGGUACCAGCACCGGUCGCAUCGACGGUGACACCUUACUUCCCGAAUCCAGCGGGUGGUACACCACCGCGAUUGAUACCGGCCAGCGAUUCAGGCGCUCACUAUGGAUCACCCAACAUCAUCGAUCUUUCACCCACCAGCCACCACCAUCAUCACCAUACGCAGCAAGAGGACAGCGUGAAUGAGAUCCGUAAGCGCGAGGACAUGGACUGGUACUUUGCGAAUUACAACCACACCCAGCACUACGACUUUGAUGAGCUCGAGCUGAAUAGCUAUCGAAGCACCAGCGUAAGGAUGUGGCCAUCCACGAUAAACGUAAGCAUUGGGCUGCUGCUUUGGAUGCUGGUCACAGUACGAAUCGUUUAA